CUUUAUAGAGAGGGCGCGAGGCGCAUUUUAUAGCUAGCGUGCAAAGAAUACAGACCUGGUUACUUCCAAUAAAAUAAACGCGGAGACUUCAGUGUGUGAAUAAUACCCAGAGAGAGAAAAUAGUUUACAAUCUUUUCUAAUUACCGAAAAAUUAUCAUCACCCAUCUGCCAUCGGUCCAGAGUCUAAACUAUUCACUUAGAAUAGGAUUAAUUGAAAAACUACUGAGUUCCUAGCGAAGAACAAUCCGAGAGCGUACAUGGUAUAGUUUUAAAUAUUUUUUCGUGCCUUUUGACGGACAAUUGAAAAAUGGACUCACUUGCGAGCAUUCGUUCCCCCAAACGACGCAAACUAGAAAACGUGAAGACAAUUAUUUGCUUUAAAAUCGUGGAAAAAUGAGGCGACUUGGAAAACUAUGAAAACGUGGAAAACUUGCGGACAAGUACAGAUACAGGAGAGUGGCAUUUAAUAGAUAGAAAAGGCACAAAGGAGGACGCUACAUGGAACCUUAAUUAAAAAUCUUGUGACCUGCCUGCCUGUGGGAAAUAGAGCCGACAUUUUGUCUUGGGAGAAUCUGAAAAAAUACAUACGAGAAAAAAGUUACAUCUAGAGUUGACUCGUACUUUUUCGUGUUCUUGUUCGAGCGGAUCGACCAAUAAAAAGGUGAAAUAAAAAUCAUCCAUCAAAAUGGCGGACCAAGAAUACGAGCAGAAAGUGAAGGAAAUGCAAAAAUAUAUUCCAUUCCUUGAACAGCUCAUAAAAAAAUUGAAAGCCAAUAAAGAUGAUAGACGUGAAUCUCAACUGAAUAAAGUUCAAAUGCUCUACGGUCUACUGACCAACAAAGACAAAAAGCUAAAACUCGAAACCCUACAAAAAUGCGAAACAGUCCUCGUCAAACUUUGCCAAAAAAUAGAAAAGACUGACGUUCUUCCACAAUCCUCAUCGAUUCCAACGACUUCAAGUAUAAAUACCAAUGAUGAUUCCUCACAGAGUAAUGAUGAUAUAGCCGCGCCUGCUAGUCCCUCAGAAUUCGAUCCAAUCCUUGAGAAUCACAAUCCGAUUGUGAUUCCAACGGAAAGGAGGCAAACUCCGCCGCCACCGACAGUCAAGCGUUCACUAGAUUCCUUAAAUGAUAGCAACUACAAACGGUACCAUGACGAUGGGAAAUUAUUCGAUCGGGGUCGAAAUUCUGUCGGCUCACAUAGUGAUCAUCGGAGAGAAAGCGGGGAUAACAAUAAACCAUCUAGUUCUAGACGAAGCCCUGAAUUAUUCCGACGGCGUUCACCGAAUCGUGAUCGCAAUAGACAGUAUGAAGAGGAGUUGAGGAAAAAAUACGAGAGUUUGCCGCCGUUUACACCUACUGCAUCAAAAUAUCAAAAUCAGAGCAGUUAUGUUGUGCCGAAACCACGCUUGAAGACGGUCAGAAAUACCUUCACUUCGGAUGUGUUGAAAAGUCCGCCUCUCACUUUGGAUGAUCUGAAAGAUUUAAUGGAUGAUUCUGAAUUUAAGUCCGGGCCUCCGCCUGUUCCUGCUCCAGUUAGCGCCCCCAUACCUGCCCCAGUUCCCGCGCCUAUUCCGCCUCCAAUGGUAGCGGCUGCUCCUCUACCAACUGCUGCUCCGAUUCCUAAGCCAGCUCCUCCGCCAUUUCCACCUCAAAGAGUUGAUCCUCGAUUUGAUCACCACAAAGAUCCUAGAUUUGACCCAAGACCAGAUCCACGGAACUUUGCAAUUUCUAAUGCUGCACCCAUAGAUCAAAUCCCUCCUGCUAGAAUGGACCCAAGAAACGUGAAUCGAGUUGAUCCGAGAUUUAAAAGGGAUAUGAAUAUACCGCAGCCUGUGGAGUCGCCAAAGCAAGAUUAUAACGAGCCAAAACCUGUAGAAGCACCAGUUCGAUUAGCGUACAAAUACAACCCCCACCCUAGGCGUGAGGCUCCUGCUGCAAAGCUGAAUGAAUACGAUCAGCAUGGACAGGGAAUGUCAAGGAAUGAAGAUCAUCGUGGAAUAAAUCACUUGCCAAGCGUAAAUCCAUCAGAUCCACGACUACGACGGCAGCUAUCGAUGAUGCCGACUGGGAACAAUUGUUCUCCGCAUAUGCCCUCUCCAAUCGGGAACUUACCAAGUCCAAUGGCGAAUAUUUCUAGCCCUAUGUCUCCAAUGGCUAAUUUCAUGGAUCCGAAACUCAACCACGCAAUGACUGAUAAUCACAACAGUCCAAAUUAUGGUAGCAACCAACAAUUUUUUGGGAACUUCCAACAACCUGCAUCAAUGCAUAUGCCUCAGAAUUUGAUCCAUUCGAAUCCAUUCAUGAGUCCAGUGGCAAAUCGUUUCAAACAGCUUCCGCCGCAACCGCGCACCUACGGGGAAUAUCGCAAGUUCAAACAAUCCGUUGAAAGAACUCAGAAUAAAAAACCAAUCGGGGAUGCGAAGAAGGAUCAAUCAAACUACGGAAUGAACCACAGUCCACUGGAGACAACUGUAAAGCCCAUGGAUUUCCCGACAGAGGCGGCUGCCCCUAAUGUCCUUGAUACUAUGUAUCGAAACACGAAUUAUAAAAAAGAUGGGGGAGUUGGUGUUCAAGGGUUUAAGAUUCCGAAGAUCCGUAAAGAGCCUCAAGACACUCCGAAAGAUGGUCAGUCCGACGACAGGGAGAAAGCCUCGUCCGUUAGCAAAGAUAAAAAAUCAACAGGUCCAGGUAGUAACAAGAAAGACCAUGUUGGAAGCAGCACUGAUAAAAAUCAGAAACCCACUGCCGGCGCUGGUAAAGCUAGUGUGCCCAGCAAAGCUAAAGUGUCACAAACAAAGUCGCGACCGGAAGAAAGCACAGCAAGCAGCGCUGAGGAUUCCGAUUUCUCUGGAGCUGGGAGUGAGAACUGGGACGACGAUGAUGAUUCGGAUGAAUUUAUUUUUCCCAAGAAAAAGGAAGUUAAACAGAAAGUUGUUAAGGAUUCGGCCGAGGCGCCAAAGGACAAGAAUAAAAAUAAUGACAAGGCUCAUCCUGCUCCGAAGAAAACAGUUAAGACUUUAGUCAACCACGAAGAAGAGUCGGAAGCAAAAUCAAAACCAAAACUCUCGGUUGAGGAAAAUGUUUCGGCGCCCAGUAAGGUGGUUUCUGGCAAAACAGAUUCGCAAGGAAAACUUCAGAAAGAAGAUGUAUCCUCUACCGAAAAUAUUAUAGAGCCAAGUGAUGAGUCUAAGGUCGAUGAAGCUGAAACGCCUAUUGAGCCAAAAGGCAAAAGGAAACGAAAGAGUGACGUUCCAAAGGAAAAAGUGCCUGUAAAAGUAGUGAAAAAGGAUACAGUUGCCAAGCCUAGGAAAGAAAAGGAAGAGGGGGCCCCUGAAGAAGCUGAACCAAAACAAAGUGAUGUAAAUCAAUCGACCACAGCUCCUGAACUUGAAUUAGAAACUGAAAACAAUGAAGAGGGAAGUGAAGAGCUGCCAGACACAAUAAUCAAUAGCGAUAUAUCAAGCAAGAACAUCAUCGAGGGUAAGCGCCGCACAAGAGGCUCCGCUCGAUUCGACCCGGCCUUCGAACUCAGUCCUAUAAAGCCGAAAUCGACCAACGCAUCGCCUAGGACUUCAAAGAAAUCUUUGAACAAGUCCACUGAGGACAACUCUCAAGAAUGUGCAGUGAGCAGCACCACAACCACAAACGAUCUGGAGCCAGAAGAACCGAAAACUACGAAAAAAGCUACUCGUGGUAGAGGUAGACCUUCGGCUAGCGCUAAAAAAGCUCAGCAACAUGAACAAGAAGAGAUGGCCGAAAACGAAAAAGAUCAAGCUCCCUCGGAACCAGAAGCAACCCCCAGCGCGAGUACUUCAAAUCAGCAAAAAGAUGAGAUAACAAAAGAAUGGCUUGAAGGCUUCCUGCUUAACCUCUUCAAUCCGGCGAAAAUGAGUACAAAUUCCGUUCUUACCAUGCUUGAAAAAGUUUUGGACACGGCCAAAUUUCAACAAGUCAAAGAGAUUCUUUGCUCUGAAGAUUCAAAGCCAAAUGAUGAGCAAGCGACAACUACUGCCGAGGAAAAUGUGACUGAAGCUGCUCCGGCAGCCUCUGCAAAGGAUACUUCGAAAGCCUCUGCAAAGGAUACUUCGAAGCCUAAAAAGAAGAAAAGUGAGCUCGACCGGCUCAAUGAUGAUAUCCGAGACAUGUUCAUCUGCCAGGGCGUGCUAACAGCCACAGGUCGGCGGAUGUGCUCAGCAAUAUCUGAAAAGGAAGGCGAAAUUGAAUCUGAAGCAGUUGUUCCUACUCCGGCUCCUGCUCCUGUAGCAGCUCCGAAACCUGUGAACAAGGCUGUAGCAAAGCCUGCGGUUAAGCCACAAACACCGAAAACACCAAAGCGUAAAAAAACGAGCGUGUUCUGGAGAGGAAACAGAAGACGCAAAAAAGGUAGAGGCCGACCUCGAAAAAUUGCCGCAGAUGAGAAUAUUGAGGAAGAAGACCACGAAAAGGAAGACGGCGAAGAAGAAAUGACUGCUGAGCAAAUAGAAGAGGACGACGAAGAUGAUAUGCCACUGUCCCAACGGAAAAUACGAAAGAAGCAAGAGCCUAAGGUGAGCGAAGGUGAAGAGGAGGUUUUGAAAAUCGUGGUAGGGGCUGGGGCAGGCAUAGAAGCUUCAUCGCUUGUAAAAGUUGCAGAAAAAAGUGAGAUAGAAUCUGAUAAAUUAUUGGACUUGCCAGGGGGGAGCAAAGAUGAGGAGGAGGCGAUUGAAAAGAAAGAGGUCAAAGAAGAGGAGACCAAAGCGGACGUGAAAUGUUCGACAAAAUCUGAAGCCGAUACAAACGCUCAGAUAGAAGCGACUAAAACUGAAGAAGAUACAAAGCAAGAACCCGAAGUUAAAUUGGAUGAAAGUGAUAGCAAAAUUGAGAAAGACGAAACCGUCGCGGUAACUAACUUCCGCCGUGGACGUGGCCGCCCGCCAAAAGCAAAGCCGGUCAGCAUAACCAGCAAAGGCGAAUUCAAGAACGAUAAUCCAGACAUGCAUUCACUCAGUGAAUAUGUUUCCAAGUGUGUUUUGUGUCCCUUUAUUGGGCGUCACAUGCCCAACCAUUACAUUCACACUCAUCCUCAAUCUGAGGUGUUUAUAUCGCGUCUGCCGCCGAAAAGCCAAGCUCGAUUAUUGGCCAACGAAGGUAACAAGGCAACUGGAUCAAUGCGGAAACCCCCCAAUAAAACUUUAUACAUGUACGACUGCCCAUUUUGUGAAAUUCAAAAUACAUUCACCCGGGUUGGCUGGGUGGAUCACUUCGGGACUCAUACCGGCGAAUAUACGUUCAAAUGUUCGGAAUGUAGUCGCAUGUUGAAUUUCAAAACGGAAAUAAUGAAGCACAUUCAGAAGAAAUGUCCCAGGGCUCAGCCGAUACGACUGCGGUCGUUCGUUGGCUUGGCGAAGUGCGUGUAUGGCUACAUUUGCAAGAAAUGCAAUUACAUCCAGAUGAACUCGCAGAGCAUAACUGAACAUUUGCAGAAGCAACAUGAUUGCUCCGGAGACGAUAUGAUCACGAAAGUUAUACUGCUUGAUUGCACCAACGUUCCACAAGUGGAUGGCAAGGCGAGGUCGGGGUCGUCGAUAUCACAGGCUUUAGGGGAGAGAGGUCCAAAACGGGCUAGAUUAGCCUUAGAUGUGGUUACAGAUGCCGAACAAAAUCUGGAGGUGUUUGUUCCUAACGAACAGAACGACAUAAAUCUGGAUACAAACAUUAUACAGUUUAUGCGAGAUGUUUCGUUCAAUGCAAGAGGUUCACCCCCUAGACAGUCGACGAUGUCGGUGGCCGAUCGUAUUACCGAACGCCUGAAAAAUGCGUCAGCUCAAUCAAGCGGCAACUCAUCUGAAAAUACAUCCAAUAUAACUUCACCAGAGAAACCCAAGUCAAUGGCGGAGCGCCUUUCAGAGCGUUUCAACCGGUUGUCACCUCAAGCGGAGCAGCAGAAACCGGAUGAACCGCCAAAGAAUGAAAACACUUCUAUGGAUAUAUCGAAAGAUAACGACGUUGAAGCUGUGGCAAAGAGUCAGGAUUCGGACGAUGACGUUAUAAUAAUAUCUGAUGGCGAGGAGGAUGCCAAACCCGAGGGUUCUACUCGGGUGGAAUCAACCACAACGAAUGAUAGCAAAGAGCAGAAGGUUUUUCAAAAACAAACAGAAGAAGCCAAGACAAAUACAGUCAACACCAUAGAUGACGACGAUGACUGGGAAGAUAUCGAAACGCCUCCCUCUCCGUCCUGUUUAGAGACCGAGCCCAAAAGUUCUACUUCGGAUAACAAGCUGAAGAAAAACAAACGAAUUUAUGCAACGCUUAGUCGGCUCUACGCGUCGAUCGUCCAACCACAGUCGAAAAACAAAACAGAGCCAUCUAACAGUAGCACCAGUGGGACUUCCUCUAAUCUUGGCAAACCUCAAGAUGAUAAGGUUGAUCAUAAGAAAGCGGAAGCAACUGGAAUGCAAAGAAUCAACAAACUAGGCUUCAGUCGAAAGAAUGAGAAGACACUUAAAUACCAUUGUCUGGUUGAAGGAUGCUCUUUCCUUUACGCAGACAUUCCGGAGGGGCUAGAAAAUCAUGUGGUUUUUGAGCAUCCAUCGUUAAUUUGGAACGGAUUUUGUCACAUUUGUGCCAAGCAAAUUACCAAUGAAAAAGAUAUGAAACUCGUGACUGAGCUGAACCACAUGCAGGAUGUGCACAUUAAUAAAUCCAGUGUGAUCUCGAUUCCUAGUUCGACUGAAAGCUCAUCUGAUUCUGUAAAAGAGGUUAAAAGCCGAAGUCUUUUAAAGCCUAUUACGCUCAAUAAGCCCUUGUCGCCGCCUCCUCUCAAAAUAGCAAGUGCAGUGUCCUUAAACAAAGCGUCAGAUAUUUGGAAACCAUUGGGAGUAUCUUCCACGCAGGAAACCAAAGAUAAAACAAACUUACCGAUAGUUAUAAAACAAGUAUUCUCAGGUGGUUCGCCAGGAAUCCUAAUACAAUCUGGUUCGAAUCCGACAUCUCCCGCUAUGUCGACGUUGAAAAUUGCAAAAGUCAUGAGUAUCGCUGAUCCAGCUGCUGUUGGAGACAGUCCGACCAGCGCUCUUACAUCAACCCCCAAGGCAUCAAUAGACUCAUCCGGAGAAUUGCAGAAUCAUUUACCAGGAAAGUGUCGGUUGAAGCCUUGGUGCAAAACUUCCUGCACCAAAUCGGAACACUCCAUUGAAACGCUACUACAAGAAAAAACUCUUUGCGUAUUAUUCAAGUGUAUGGGAAACGACUGUGACUUCAUUUCGAACACUUCCCACAAAUUCCUGAAUCACUCCAGCUACCACUUCAGGCAGCGAAAACCAGACCAGUCAUGGCGGGAAUGCUGCUACUGCAGUGAGAUCGCUCCGAAUGCCGGUAGAUUAGUGGCGCAUGUAUUGAAGGAACAUGAAAACGAGAUCUAUCAGUGCGCCUACUGUUUUUAUCGGUCAUGUGAAGAAUACAACGUGAUCACACAUCAAAAAGUCUAUCAUGCCGGGAAAGACAAGAAUGUGAUAGUACUUUUCGGAUUGAAACCGCAAAAGCGAAAAGAGAUCGAAAAUGUCGCGAAAAGUAUCUCGGAAUUCGUGGAACCUAUUCGUUGCAGAGAUUGUUCGAAAAGAUUUUUCUGUCCCAUGGAAUUCGCAGGACACUUUUCGGAGCACAUUUCUGAGUUUAAAACAACAUACUCAUGUUUUUUCUGCAAAAGUUGGUAUGAUCCCGUCGCCAUAAAAGAUGCCACCUCCCAUUUGGAGAAAGUACAUAACAUUGCACGUUACCAGUGCAUCUAUUGCAAGUUCGGAGCUUCAGAACGAGAUGAUAUUGAUCUUCACAUGGCAGACAAGCAUCCUGCAAAAUUGCUGUUUUGCUGCAUCCGAAAAGGGAAGUUAGAUGCUUCAAUAGAGGAGAAGGUCUAUGCCAAUACAGAUAUUGGAAUUAUGAUAGCGACAUUGGAUAGUCCUGUGGAUGAACAAUAUCUUCACCGGUGUCCAUACAGCGAAGUUGAGUUGAAUUCUUUGGGAUCGUCGGCUACGGAAUUAGCAGCAAAAGAGAAGCAGACACCCCAGACCACGACAAACGCUCCGAAUCAGGACACUGAGCCGCCGCCUAGUAAAGUCACAACAGAUCCGCAAGUACCUAGCCAGCCUUCAACGCUGAGAAUCGAAGCAGUUUCAAGCCUUCAUUCGUCGUCGGAAACGCUGACUGUUCCAGAGGCAACGGAGUCGACUGCUGGGGAUAGUGGCGAAAAUCGAGAGACAACAAUCUUAAAUGCUGCCGCAGAUAUUGUUCGCUCCACAGGUGUACCAAUUGACGAGCUAUUCAAAUGCGGCUUUCCAGAUUGCGAUGUGGUUUCGACAAACUUCAGGACAUUUCGCAAUCAUCUGGGAAAUAGCACAAAGCAUCAUAUAAGUGACGGUAGUUACCCAUGUUAUUACUGCGAAGAGCAGUUCAAAGGAGUUUUGGACUGUGCGAAUCACUACUUCAAGCACGAGCGGCAUCGAUACUUCUGUUUCCUGUGUUUCGAAACAGGCCAGACGGCCGGAGAGCUCGUCGCGCAUAUUACGCAGUGCCACUCGGUGAAAGCCAAGUCAACGAUAGGAACAUAUGCGCUAAUCAAAGGAUACAUCAAUGCCAAAAAAGAUUUCUUCUUCGUUUGCCCGAACAGUGUGAAGGCAGCUGACGUAGUGCGCUUCGGUGAUCGACUGUUGAAAAUGUGGGAACGAAAGAAAUGGUCACAAAUGAAAAAAUCAUUCACUGCUGACGAAAUAGAUCAGCUACCGCGCCAGGCCAUCUUCGUUGAUGAAUUAUUCUGUGCGAUCUGCCAGUAUCGAACAAAAGUUCGAACGAAUCUUUACAGGCACCUCCAAUUUCAUAAAAAUGAAAUCAAUGUUGCGAAUAUAGACCCAGUCAACCCCGUUCCAUGUUUGAAUUCUUCAGAGAAACAUUUCGAUAAAAUGACAAACCUGGCGUGUAGCUCUCAUGCGAACAAGCCUCCGCCUCCUGCUACUGCCGGACCAGGUACAACAGGCGGUGCUCUCCUAAGUGCCGCGAACCUGGAAAGCGCUGAUUCGCCGAAUGCCCGACGAGUGGCACGGAUCUUGCCAGAUUUUGUACCAAUUAAAAGUAGGUAUACGUGCGGAGUGCCCCACUGUGUGCACACGAUUACGAACCAACUUGCAUUAAGAAAGCAUUUAAAUGUGGUCCAUUGGAACGAAAAGAGCUACACGUGUCCGCAUUGUAACGUUGUGAUCUGCGCCAAUAAAAUAUGCAUUGAUAAGAUAUUUACUCAUUUGAAGUACCACGACACAGAUUUGUAUCAGUGCCUCUCCUGCGGCUACUUACACUUCAAUAGGUCUGUGAUCCAGAAGCACCUGACGGAACACAGUGGCGAAAAUAUGUCCUACAAAAUUAUUAAACGCUGGGAGGGAGGUGUUCAAACGACUCUGGCUAAAAAGACGUCACCCUUGGAAGGCUCGAGUCCAACACAUACAGGGGACACGUCGAAAUCGAACAGCAGUGGUGCAGCAAUGAAAUGGCAAUGCAUGCUAUGCAAAACUAAGACUUCUACCCAAGGUCAAAUGUCGGCCCAUAUCCUGGUAUCACACAAUUUGAAGUAUCGAUACAAAUGCAGCAAAUGCACUUUUGGUGGGGUCACCAUACCAGCAAUCAGCGAACAUGCUCAAAAGAGACACGCCAAUGCAAUGGUGGAGGUCGUGUGCUUCUACAUUAAGCUAACUGAUGAGGAUAUAGUGCAAGCGAAGACAAUUGACACCACGCCCCUAUGGCGGCGAGAUCCAAACAAAGUUAGAAACAUCCGCGGUAUUUUGAUGGAAGAAGAGCCUGCGUCAAGUUACCCAGUUGAAACUGCGCCUGCAGUGGAAACUGAUGAAACAUUGCUUUCUGCUGAAAUCGAAGGGACACAGACCGCAAGCGCUGAAGCCACUAAAAAUUCGGUUACACAGCUUUCCCAGGUGUGUCAUAUAUGCACUUACGUCGCACCAAAUAUGGGCGAUCUUCAUUCCCAUCUUGCUGAAUACCAUCCCAAAGAGGCAGAAUCUAAGGAUUAUUUGAAUUAUCUAUUCAAGUUUGUAUGUUAUCAUUGUAAGACCACGCAUCAGACCAUGAAGGACUAUCGGCAGCACUGGGACUGGGUUCAUAAAUUCGAUCCAUCAAAUUCCCCGGUUGAUCCCGCUAAUGCACAAAACGAGGGCCUGGCACCGUUAUUCACAGUUUUGAAACGCCUCCAAUGCCUUAAGUGCGGUCAAAAGAAUGAUUACCGAGAGCUUGGAAUUCACCAUUUCCUGGAGCACCCGAAAGAACCGUUUGCUACUUGCGAGGUGGAAAAUGCCCGAAGAUGCAGUCAUUGCUCAUUCGUUUAUGAGUCUGACAUGGCUGAACUUUCUAAGCAUUACGAGGUGGAGCAUAAACCAGCCCAAGAAGAAUCGCCAAUACCACUUCCACCAUCCAAACCAUUUGGCCAACACUACCUGCAAUCUCUCGCGGGCUUAGGGAGCGCAUUGCAAUGUUUCAAGUGUAAUAUUUGCCACAUCAUCCUAAACGACAUGGACGCUUGCAACCUGCACUGCGCCAGUCAACAUAAUAUCACUCAAAACGCGCCAUGCACUGUUAUGCAGGGGACAAUCUACAAGUGCCCCACUUGCCAAUUUUGCUCACCGGCGGAGAAGACCGUCACCAACCAUAUUUCGAACAAGCUGAAGAAUGACAAUUUUUCGGUUCACAAGAGCAUUACAAAACCUGCUGGGAUUAGCGAGAACGACUGGCCUUUUGCGAUGCUGGAGGUGAUCUUCCCGAACGGGUUUGUUGUCGAAAAGUUCCGAUUGCUGGGCACACAUCCACUCGGAAAACUGGACGCAGGGGAGGAAGUAGGAGAUUCGCCGAACUCGACUGGGGUAAUCGACAUCAGCGAGGAUGAUGACUCGCUAACGCCAAGCCAAGCGAAUCGUCGUUCUAUGAAAAAAGUGACUUCAAAGCGUGCGACCGUUGAUCAAUUCGACUCCGAUGAAGAAUACUUGCCUUCAGGAUCGAAGAAGAUCUGCAAACCGUCCUCAACCCGAACAUCAAUCGAUAGCGAACAGAAAACCACCUCCGAAUCAGACAAGCCAGUUGAACCGUACAGUUUCUAUGGAGAAAAACGAGCGAGUAUUGACCUCGGUAGUAUUAUAGCGAACGUUAUCAUCGACGGAGUUAAAGUAAUGAUUCCAGCACAAGACUUCCUCAAAACAAUUAAAAAAGACAUUACCUUGAAAUUACAGAAAGUGGAUGCUGCCCCGAGCUGCUCUCCGAAAGGCCACCCGGCAGAGUCGACAAACGAAGGGGACGGAGCUAGUCCCAUGGAAAUCGAUGAAUCGAUGGCAACGAGUACAAGGCAAGGAGGCAAGGAGACUUCUCAGAACGAAGAUAUCGCCGACGAGAAACUCACGAAAAACACCCGUCAUAAAUCAAAAAUCAAAAUGUCAACAGAAUACGAAGAUAAAAUCAAGGAAUUGCAAGUAUUCCUUCCAGUUUUGGAACGAAAAAUUAACGAUGCGCGUAGUCGAAAAGACAAUUCGGCUAGUAGUCGAUUGGAAAAACUGCGUGAUAUUGUCAAUAAAAGGAUAAAGGUCCCUAUUGGAAUAUUGAUAAAAACCGAAGAAACGAUCAAGAAAUUUCUCAAGGAUGCUCCAAAUAUUAGAAAGCCUGUAACUUCCAACAUAUCACCAGCAAAUUUCCAACAAAAUGUCAAUAUUAAAACUGAAGUAAAAGUUGAAACGGAAUCUGGAAACAAUGUUGAUUGUGAUGACGAUGAUGAUGUACAAAUUGUUCCAACUCAACCAGCUUCAGAUUGUGUCAUUGUGCUUGAUGACGAUUCAUCAGAUGAAGAGCACAAUGCAGAUGAUAAGAAACCAUCCCAAAAUUCCCUAGCAGAAAUGGGUUUAGCUAAAGAAAUCAAAACUGAAGAGUCUGGACAAGCCGAAGAGCUCUCAUGUGGGUCUAUAAAAAACAUGGACGUGAAUGACGACUUCAAAUGUCAGCAGAUAAAUUCAGAUCAUUCCACAGAUGCGACUAGUUUGACCCUUGAACCGCCUUCAAAACUGCCAAGUGAGACUAACAAGCUAGAUGAUAGUGUAGAGAAGGAGUCACGAUCUCUGGGCAUCUCUUCAAGUCAGGAAACAGACGAAUUUUCGACUCCAUCAAAAAAUGAUGACGAAUUUUCCGGAUCAUCUAAAACUCCUACUCUCACAUUCACCUCGGGAAAAGAUGGAGAUAAGGGACAUUCUGAACUGCCUAAAAUUUCUCCUCCGACAUUCGACCCGGAUAAAGUUGCUGAAAGUCGGAGCAUUCUUCUGGAGUUAGAGUCGCAAUUGAAACAUCUCACUACCGCCCAACUACCUUUGUUGAUUGAAGAUACGAAGGAAGUCGAUUCCAUUGAUACAUUUCUAAACAGAUCGAAUGAAUCCCCGAGUAUUGAACCGAAGAAUGACAGUAGCUUGUUGGGAACACCUUUAAAGGAUCAGGAUCGAGAAAUUGAAGUUUCAGAAGAAGCAACAGAUAAACCGAGGAGUUCGCCGGAGCUAGUACUGCCGUUUCCGUUCCCUAAAUUCAACCAAGAUUUGCUGGCAAUGCGCAGGGAUAUAGUAGAUAUGCUGAAUAGUAGUUCGCCUAGUUCCGAGAAACAGGUUCCCGAAGGUGACACAACCAUAGAAAGCACUGACAAGGCUGUCGAACCAGGACCUAGUUCCGUUGAAGCAAAUAAUGUUACUCCAAAUCUUGAGAUAACAAGUAACAGCGAUAAGCCUUCAACCGCUCUUGAGGUAGUGCAACAACCAAAUGAAUCCGUUUCUUCCGAGCCCGCGAACUUCAUAAUAUUAAGUAAUACUCCUGCCAGUGAGACUCCAAACUUGGCCCCUAAUUCUUCUAGUCAUGAAGCACCUGAAAACAGUGAUAUUACCGCCAGUACCAAUAACAGAUUAGCUGAAAUUAUUGCCUCACUCAGGAAGAAUUUGAGUGAUGGGACUGACAAAGGGAAAAGUGAAUCCGAAGUCCCAAAGGACAUUCCGGAGCUUUUCGUUAAUAAAAUGCAGCUUACUGAGAUACCGUCUGUGGUCCAAGAUAUGCUAAGUGCUACUGUUGCCAGUGAAGAUGACGACGAUGAUAUGUUGGUUAUGGAUCUGUCGGACAAGAUGGCAAAUCUGAGCCAGAAGCUACUUAGUGAUCUUGGUGACAGUAAAAUUGGUGACUCAGAUGAUUUCGUACCUGAUCAAAUGGGAAGUGAUGAUAGUUUGGAUCGUGAGAUCGAAGAAGCUAUGGCUGAGGCAAAUAAAAAAGCAACUGAUUCGGAUAAUGAUGAAGUUGCAGAGCUAAUAGUUGUGAUAGAUCAUGAAAAAGAAGGAUCUUCUGAAAGAGCUCCUGUUGCAGAAACUGUUAGUGUAGACGAAUCUAGCAAAAAUGUUUCUUCUGAUCGAAUUUUGCAAACAGAAACUAAAGAUAUUCAUUCGACCUCACCGUCAGCGUCAACCAGGCAAGAGGAAGUACCGGAAUCAAGCUCCACGAAAAAAACAAAUGAUGACAUUUCAGAGGAGAAUGAUGCUUCCGUUGAAAAACCAGGGUUGCAGUCAGUUUCACCAAAACGGAUAGCUGAAGAAAGUAACGAAGUGGUCCCCACUGUUCCUGACAGUAUUAGCUCAGUAGAUUUAGAAACCAAAGGGGCCAAAACUGUUGAAAAUUCAGAGCCUGCAGUUCAAAAUGAGCUUGCUGAAAAACCCAAUAAUUUGACGGCCCCUGAAACUUCUCCGGAAAGGGCAGGCGAUUCAACGUCUCAAACUACACAUGAAGCCGAACCUCUUGAUUCUGUGGGGUCAUCUGCGAAUUUAAUUGAGACAGCAAACGAAAUUCAAGCUAACAUGCCAAGUUUGGAAGCUAAACAAAGCGUGGAAAGUGAUUCAAAGAUUACUGAUAAAGCGGCUGAUUCCACUGAAGACUUUGUGCCAGAGGUAUUGGCGGUUCUUUCCAAAGGAGACGAUCAAAAUCUCUCUCAAAACUCUGAAGUCGAUUUAGGUGGCUCAGAAAAGCAAUCCGAAAUUUUACAAAUUGAAAUUCAAAAGAAAGAAGUUAAAGAACUGGAAAGUAGCCUGGAACCGGGCACAUCUACAACAUCUGAAAUUAAAAGUGAGCUCGAUGAACUCGUCGAACAAAGGGAGGAACUCCAGUGGAUGCUCAACGAAAUAAAAGAGGAGGAACGAACUCUUUCGAAGAAGUCCAAUGCAUCUAAAGACAAUAUUACGGCCGCUUGUGCAACUCUAAGUGAUAUAAGCACUGACAAUGACGUUGUUAGUCUAGGCUUGAGUGAAAUAAGUGAUCCUGAAUCUGGUGAAAUCUGUGACAAACCACCAAUGCCUGAUCCAAAACCAAUGCCGCCAGAAGUUAAAGAAGAGUUCAAUGCUAAUGCGGAUGAUCAAUAUAGUCCUCAUAAAAAAAGCAUCAAAAUAACGAUCCCGAAUGAUUACGAUGCGUCCGAUCUACGAACACAACUCUCAAAAAAGAGAAAAAAGAAAAGAAAAAAGAGAAAUCGAAAGGAUAAUUCGUCUCAUUCCCCGAUUCGAUAUAUCGACAGUCAUGGGAAUAUCAUUGAACCUCGCGACGACUCAAGUUCGGAUAGUGAUACAGAUGCUGUAAUAAAUCCGGCACAUUUGCGGUAUGUUCGCGAAAAACCAAGACAUGGCAUCUCUGGUUUGCUUGAUGAUGAUAUCAAGAAAGAAUAUUUUGAAAUGUUUAGCAGCUGUGAAGAAGGCAGUGGGAGGCAUCGUUAUAUUUUGCGAAAGACAAAAGUUGAGCAUCUAAGUUGGGAUGAAGAUACAUGCUUGUCCCUGAAUGACGAUAAUAUUUACCAACGUAAUUCGUCCCCGCCUCCUAGUUUGGUAUCUUCAAGGGUAUCGGUAUUACAUUCAAAGAGAAGAACUUCAGAAUCUCCAAAUGAAUUAUCAAAAUCACCCAGUCGACGGGGCACAAUUACCUACGAACGCUCGCGAUCAUCGCGACGAUUAUCUAAGUCACCGGAGCGAAAUGCUAGAUCACCUAGACGUGAAUUAAAUAGACGAUCAUCCAGAUCACCGAGACGAUCGAGCAGAUCACCAAGAAGAUUGCUCGACCGGCAGGCAAAAUCACCAGUACGGUCUGAUAGGUCGCCAAGGAGAUCUUCUCGAUCUCCAAAGCGAUUGGGUAGAUCUAUAUCACGGCGAUCUGUAUCGCCAAUUGCAAGGACUAGAUCACCGAGACGUUCAGAUAGAUCGCCAAUAAGGCGACUGUCAAGAUCGCCAAGAAGGCGACAGUCUAGAUCACCUGGACGGCGGGGGUCUAGAUCACCGAGACGGCGGAGAUCUAGAUCACCAAGGAGGCGGAGGUCUAGAUCACCAAGAAGGCGGCAGUCUAGAUCACCAAGAAGACGGCAGUCUAGAUCACCAAGGAGGGAACUGUCGAGAUCGCCAAGGCGGCGACUGUCUAGGUCUCCAAGAAGGCAACAUUCUCGAUCACCAAGAAGGUCCUCACGAUCACCGAGAAGAUCUCCAAGAACGACGAGAUCUUCGAGAUCACCGACGCGGCAAAAUAUCAAAACCCUGCUAAGAAAACGUUCUCGUUCCCGAUCUCCAAAACAACGAUCUGAAUCACUGAGGAGAUCUAGGUCUCCGCCACAAUCAUUAAAAUGUUCUGAUAAGUCUCCAAGUCGUCUUACUGCCCGAACUCUAGAUAAAGAUGAUUCCACCAAAAAUGAUGAUAAAAUUGAAUCUUACCAUUCCGAAAAAUUCCAGGUUUCUGGAAGCAGUAAGGAUAAUGCAGCGAUACCAACUACCACGAUUGAUAUAAGCGAUUCCGAAGAGGAAGACGACACUAAAAAUGAAGACAGAAAUGACAGCAAAAACGAUAAAGAUGAUGCUGUUGGUUUGACAAUCGAAGUGAGUGACGAUGAGGAUUUCCUCGAAGCCCCUCCACCGCCCAUAAUCAGCAUAAAGGAAACUCUAUCACCAAAACAUGAAACUGAAGAUCCUUCUACUGGACAAAAUGGAGAAGAAGAAGAAGCAAAUAUUAUCCUAGUUGAUGAUGAUGUAGACAUCGGGGCACCUGCGAAAAUUGAAAAUGAGGCGAAAUUGGAGCCUGCGGACGAAACUUCGUCGAGCGAUAUAUUUCGAGGUGAUGUUGAGUCAAAUGGACUCCUGGAUGCCGAGGUUCCCAACAACAACGUUGAAACUUUGAAAGAAAAAAAUUUAAGAGAGCUACAAGCGAUUCAAGUGAAGCUCGAAAAGGAAAUUGGCAUCUCAAAAGAUUUUCUUUCGCAACUUAUCGGAAACGCAUUAAAUAAAUUCAAUGAUGAUGCCUCCCCGGCAAAUACGAAUAUUCCACUUGAAAAUGAGGCAGAAAUCCCGCAGGAAUCAGCCCAGCAACCUGCAUUGUUGUCUACGCCGCUCCAACAAUUACAAUAUACAAAUGUUGUCGUUGCAAGACCAAGCAUAAAAGAUCCCCGACUGAAUCGAGUUCGCCCGGCAGCACCUGCUCCUACUGAGCCACCUCCCCCACCACCUAUUCCCAGGUUAACACCUGCGGUGGCUAUUCCAACCGUUUCGGGUUUAUCCAAAAAGCUCCCUUCCUGUGAUGAAUAUUCAGAUGAUGAAGACGAUGUUUCAAUAGAAAGUGGAACUAUUAGCGACGAAUCGCACGACUCAGAUCAUCCAAAGACGAAAAAACAAUACGUAAAGGUUGAGCUGGCGAAACUGGAAGAAAUCAUUGGAAACCAAAUUCAGAAAUUUCUAGCUCUCAACAAGCAGUCGUAUGAAGCCAAUAAAUCCACGCCUAAGAAAGAUGCCCCAACAGCCGCAAAGGCAAGCAGUAAGCCGAAGCCUAGGAGAAAUGCUCUGUCCAAAGACGGUAGCGGUCCACCGCAUAUGUCAGCUGAGAAAAUCGUGUCCGAUAUCAGGAAGAGCGUACAAUCGCUCUAUAAUCCCAAGACUUCGACACCGGAGAAGACAUCAAAAUCAAAGCCGAAACCGAGGCCUCGAAGUAGGAUCCGAAGCAGAAUUCGAUCUUCAUCAGGGUCGGAUAGAGAAAACACUCCAACGAAAUCCCCGACAAAGUCUCCAAUGAAAUCCCCAACAGCCGAUCCUGAUUCUCUCCGCAGCCGUAUCACAAAUGAUGUUGCAGGAAUCAUAAAGUUGGGCAAAGCACCAAAAUCAGCCAAGCUGAAACCAACGCCAGCGUUAAAACUAGCCGAGCAAGUUAGCGAUGUUAAUCUGCUGACACCUUUGAGGGAGCUACCCUACGACGACAAGCGUAAGAAGAAUGCAGAUCAUGCACAAACCAAAAAACAAAAGCGCGUACCCAAAAACACAAAUAUCUCAAUCCAUUGCAAUAGUGGCGAAAAGAAUUGUUUGCUCUGCAAAGAUAUGGAAAAGGACGAGGACUUGAUUUCUCAUUAUGUGAACGUUCACCGUGAGAAUGAGGUGUACUUAGCCCGGCUAGAGGUUGACCAAUUGAAAGCGCUGUUAGCGAAUCCAAACUACGUGAAGCCUGCAAAAAAAUUAAAUGUUGAGAAGUUUACAGGCAAGUGUCCUUUUUGCGAUGAUGAAAUGACUUGUCCAAUUGGAAGAUACAUGGAGCAUUUCGCCAGCCAUACGGGAGAGUACGCGUACGAGUGCGACUGUUGCGGAACUCGUGAUUCACGCAAACGAGAUUUACUCAGUCAUUGCAAUACUCAGUGUGAAAAAGGAGCUAAGUUCAUCUAUGUAUAUCGAUACGACCUCAGUAAUAAGGAGAUCGACGCUUAUGUAUGCAGUCACUGCAAUUAUAUUCAACUGAACAAAGCGAAUGUAAUCAAGCAUAUCCGAACCGAACAUGAUCAGCAGCUAGUUAAGGAGAACGAAUGCCUCUCGGUGACUCUCUUCAAAGUAGGUGAAAGUACAUCAGAAGGAAGUGAACAGAAUAUAGAUAACAUCGAGGUAAACAAUGAAGCUAUCGACGAAGAAAACGCAGAAGAUGAUGACUUUGAUAGUUUCGAAAAUGCUCCAGUAAGUCCGAUGAGUGACUCAGAACGACGGGCGGUUGCCAAUGAAGCGGUCGAGUACGUUAAAAAUGAACUCCUAAUGGAUGUUAUCGAUGAUAUAGAUUGGAAGUCCAUUGAAGACUCGUUGGUAGAGUCAGCCCCACUGGAAGGUGAAAUUCCAACGCCAUAUGAAGAAAUUAGAUCCGACACUCCACCAGUCCCUCCGACACCGUCAAUCGAAAUCCAAGUGGCUAAGAACGAACUACCAGAAAGCGAAGACAUAGAAUCUGAUAAAAAACAAAAGGAUCUAGGAGCGGAGAUUUUCACUGAAAUUCAUGCACUCAGCCUGCAAGGUCCAACGGAAAGUAGUCUUGAUUAUUCGAAGAAAAAGCCGACAUCAUCAAGGAGUGACAACAUUGUCGGUGAAGUUAGCGUGCCAGACAUCACAGUACCUAAUCGGGACCAGGCGAUCUCAGAGCAGAAACCUAAACUGACGUCUUUGGAAAUAAAGCCUUCCCUUGAUCUUCCAACAGUUCAAUCGGGAAAAACUUCGCGGGGCUCAAAACCAUCCAAAGAUAACAAGAAUCAGGAAAAGGGUCAUACCCAACUCAAGGACAUUGCUACUUCUAAUCCGAAGAUGUCACGCGUUCAAUGCUUGGGUUUCGAGGAGAUCGCCCCCAAGCAACUGAGAUACUACUGUCUCGUCUCAAAUUGCGCUACAACUUCACUUGCUUCCUUGGAAGAACUAAGAAAGCACUUUAAAGCGCAUACUCACAAAUGGUCGGGAAAAUGUGAAGCUUGCGGUGGCAAGGCAUUAACAAAACAUUCCGCCUCCUUGGAUAGGGAGCUCAUGCAUUUCAUAAAUGAACAUCUACCGAAAAGAUCUUUGGUUGCCAAAAUACUCCGACCCUGGAUAGCUGAUGACUCCCUGAAAAGCAAGAAAUCUAAAGAUGUCUGCGAAAUGUUAACUAAGUCAUUCCAUUUGGAGAAUUUGUAUAAAUGCAUGGCCAAUGAUUGUAUUUUCACAACGAAUUCCUCGAAAGAUAUGCAGUUUCAUAUUCCAUCGAGUCACAGCGAUGACUUGACCGCGCUGAACUGCUGUUACUGCACGGAAAGCUUCGUAGGCAGCAACGGACUGGUCAAUCAUAUCGGGAGAGUCCACGGGGCAUCGAGGUACCAAUGCCCGUAUUGCUUCUAUCGUAGUUGCGCCGCGUAUAAUGUUCAAAUGCACCAGCGGACGUUCCAUGCAGACAAAAAGAACGCGAAGAUCAUAGUUUGCUCAGCACAGACACACACGUUCAGCACUGAGAUGCUUGAAAUUCUGGACAAUCGCCAGAAAAAUGUGAAGGCACUGAAAUGUCCUUUUUUCUCAGGUUGUCGUAAAUGGAUUUAUGUGAAACAUCUGCUGAUGGAUCAUGUGAAGAGGGAUCAUUCGCAGAAGGAACCGGUUGACAUUCAUUCCGAGCUGUACGACUGCAUCUACUGCAGUUACGCCACUACAGAUCUGCUAUCGAUUCGCCAGCAUAUGUCCAACGAACAUCCGAAUCGAUUGCUGUAUGUCUGCGGAUUGGUGUUCAUUAAGGCACUACAUCCUUUGGCUCAGGACACUGUCGACAUAACAUCAGUAAAGACCACCAGUUUGGUCUACAUUGGAGGCAAAGUCAACAAAAGCAAAUUUGAAUCGAAGGAUUUGGCCACAUUUCUGCCUGAUACGAUAGAGGCAGUGAACAGUGGGGCUGAUCCAGUUCUUUUGAAUACACGAAUCCGGCAAAUGUUUGGCGAGGCAGCUAUUGAUUACAAUGACGUCGAGACGUACAUGAAGAAGAUUGCUGAGGGGAUGGAACCGGACAUCAUCAAAACAGAAGUCACAAGCGAAUUGGACCAAUUAGUGGGAGCGGUCCUGAAUCCUACGGGUCUGGUUGGUAAACGACUGUACAAAUGCGGAUUUCCAAAGUGUCAAGGGACGUUUGAAAAUUUCAGCCAGUUUGACACACACAUCAAUGUCCAUAGAGGUAACAAGAAGGAGCCGAUUUAUCGAUGUCCACACUGCAAUGUGAUAGUGGCCAUGAAUCAGAUUCGUAUACAUACAACCCUACAUCAACGGCAUCGGUAUUUAUGCUUCUUUUGCGGGGAGAGCAAUGCAUCCCAAAUUACCGCAAUUGAACAUCUGAAAUCAAUGCAUAGCUCACAGAGCAAUGUUUUCGUGUAUUUGACGAAGGACAAGGAAUGGAACCGGGUGUUUAGCGAUCAAGAAAGUCGAAUUUUUGUCGCAAUGCCACGUAACAACAAUGCUGAUGUCGUUGAGGCGAUGGUAAACGUUCUGAGGAAGAAACUUGACGCAACCGAUUCCUUGGAAACGGCCGAUGACAUGAAGAAUGAACGCCCAGAAUCGCCGAUCGAUCAAAAAGAGGUGACCACUAUUCCCGUGUUUGUUUCGCUCGACUCCCGGCUCAGUUGUAAUAUCGAUAGUUGUCCGUUCGUUGCAAAGACGGAUGAUGACCUAGAACAGCACAUCUCAGAACGGCAUCUGAUCAUCAUGAGCGGAAUGUAUUCCUGUGCCCAUUGUCCGUACACAUUGUGCAGUGCUCAGCUGAAAAUCAGUCGAAUUCGGAAGCAUCUACAAUAUCACGGGCCCACAAUUGUUGUCUGCAAUGUUUGCAAUUAUUAUCAUUAUAAGCGUUCCAGUGUCCUGGAUCAUAUCAGCGCUUGCCAUCCGUACAAUUUCGUAACAUCGACAUUGCAUACCAGAAGCACAAAUGGAACUAAGACCAAAAUUGAGAUUCUUUACAGUAAAAACGUUAGAAGUCCUGAGGAUAGUUACAAAUGUACCCUCUGUGAAGCUGUGUUGACUGAGUGUGACGAUUUCUUUAUUCAUAUGAAGGAACUGCACCAGCUGAAUGUGCGGUUCAAAUGCGAUAUGUGCCCAUUCUUUGAUAACACAUUGCAGGCGGUUGAGACACAUGGGAAGAAAGCUCACUCGGAAGAGGCCAAAAUACGCAUUCGAAGUGUGUUCCUUCCAGCAGGCGGUAAAUGGGUACAGAACUUGUCACCCUUUGAAUUGCUUAUUGAAAGUAGUGACCCACCGCCUGAAGUCUCCCCAGAUGUCCCUGUAGAGCAGCCAAUGAGUACGGCUAGCACUGCCGACCAAAACACCACAGCAAGUACCACAGACAAAUCUGAACGAAAAACUCCUGACGAAUCAUCAGCUGAACCUACUGAAACUUAUGGUCAACAAGAAAGCGAUCGAAAGCGAAAAUUAGAUGAAGGGAGCGAUUCGAAACCGAAGCCAAAUCUUAAAAGGAUUCGAAUAAAGUGCGUUAAACGAAGAAACAUGUCCAAACCAGGUGAGGAUGAUGCGAAAAGAAAGAAAACAGCUAUAUCGCCUGAACCAGCAGAGGACAAGUGUACGAAAUCGGCUGAACCAGGACCGGCUGAAAAUUCGACAACUGUAGAGGAAGCUCCAGUAAAACCGAAAGAAGAACAUACGCCUCGAUUGAAACUUGUCCCGGUCGAGAAACUCCUUCGUCAAGAUGUCGCCAAUGACAUGCAGAAUGCAAAUCAGCUAGUGCAGCUUCCUCCACUUGUGCCUGUAAGUGCUCCAGUCCCACCGCCGACAUGUGGAAACUAUCAACGAACCCCAGCUGAUGUAUUUCUCUUUUGUAUGUAUUGCGGUUGGAAGAGUGAUUGUUUCGCGAAACUUCGUACUCAUGUUCGAGCAGAACACCUUGAUAGCUCAGUGCAUUAUCGGAUAACCAAGAAGCUUUUGUGCGCCUAUUGCAACACAACUGCUUCCUUUGCGGAGUUGAAAAUCCACCAUUCCAGCACGCAUCCGAAUGAUGUAUUCAUCACACGUGAGGCGAACAACCACAAGAAGUGCGCAGAAUGUAUGUUUGAAUAUUCAGAUAUUAAGGAUCUGAAGAGACACUGUGAAUUGGAGCAUGCUAUGUUGCCUAUGCAAAUGCAUUCAUCCUUCGACUACUUGGACCAGGAAUUCCUCGAGGAGUUGCUGAAAGUGGGGAAUGGACAGCUGGCGGAGGUUGAAAGGUGUUCCGGUUGCGACCACAUUUACUUGGACGAGGUGUCUUGUAAGACCCAUAUAGGGAUGGCCCACGCCUUAUUGCCUAACAUGGCCCCAGUUCGUUGCGCUUUUAAAAAGCUCCUUUACGGAUGCAACCAGUGCAAAGUCUUCUUCGAAACGGAACUGCGAGCCAUUCAACACAUUCGGAAACACGUGGACCCAUAUGGCUGCAGACACUGUGAAAUGAACUUCGCUACGCACAACGCUCUCGUAGCUCACUACAACCUGUUCCAUAAGAUCGAAGAAAACGCGUAUCGGCUCAACAAAAAUGUCGAAAACGAACGCAGGUUCAUGGAAAUGCUCCUGAGAUUCUCCAACGGGCUGGUGUUGAGCAAGUUGGAAGCUGGAUAUACAAAUUACGGCCAACAUGACCUGUUCAACCAAAGGAUAGAUUCCAUGGAGAAGAUCGAAUUGCAGAAUUGGAUCAGUCGCCAAGAAAGGAGCAAUCGAAUCGAAACGGUUGCUCGAAUUAAGCUAGAACUAGAGAGUGAAGCGAAUUCGUUCUACCAAUCACAAAUGGAUCCGAACCAACCCAACUAAGAAGAAGAGCAAGGAACACGAAUUUUUAAGCCGGGGCUACGUGGAAACUCCCUUGUAACCGCAUAAAGUUCCUGCAUUCGCUUCCAGAGUUAUCAAUCAAACAAUUUACGUAAUUUGAAGACAUGACAAAGUCCAUUACUUCCUUUACAAAUCGUUCCAUGUUUAAGCAUUUUCGUCCUUUUGGACGUGAAUGAAAGACUUUAUCUAGCGCUAAAUUAGAAUAAGAAGUUAUUUUAUUUAUUUAUUGUUGCCUUCAGAUCUAUUCUGAACGUAAGAAUAUUACUGUAAAGUGAAUACUUGAAAUACCAAACAAAAUCAAAUCCAUGUAAAUAACAAGAAAAAGUGUCGCGUAAUUCGAAAAUGAUCGGAUUAAAUGGCUCAGCCACGUAAGUUUGAAUUAAGGAUAUAUUUUGCAUCAAAAUGUGUUUUUUUAUACCUAAAGAAUAUUUUUAUUACGAACGUUAUAUGUUAGUUUUUCCCACUAAAAGUUGAUAGAAAAGAAUCUUCCAAUAUGGAAAAGUUAUCAGUCAGUGAUUUAACAUUGCUGAAAAUCGUUGAUAUUUGAGAGAGAAUAAAACUUUUGAAUUAUUUUUUA